AUGGUUCCUAAUUCUGAUCAAACGCUUUUCCAUGGAGAGUAUAAACUAAAACCGUUAGAUAUUCUUAAAUCUUUCAAAACUGAAGCGAGAAACUACCAUGCGCAUGGAAUAACGCAAUUUGAAGGAAGAUGGUGCGACGAAAAACUUCAAAGACUGUCGACUUUGUCAUUAGAAUUAGUCGAUUGCCUUGGAGACGAAAAAGCAUAUGAGUUAUUAUUGAAAAUUAAACUGAAGCUUAAUUCUGAGCUCGAGGAACAAUGUAUUUCAUCAAUGAAAAGGAAACAUGAAGAAAAUGGAGAUAAAUUACAUGAAAGAAAGAAAAGGAUGACAGAUAUAGAACUCGGAGAGUUGGUUGAUUUCGCUCUUGAUAUAGUAAAUAAACUCAAGUCAACAGAUGAAGGACAUCUAAGUCAAAUUGUGCGACUAGCUGUCGAUGAAGACAAGGCAUUUGUAAAUAUUUGGAAAUCUUUAGUAACCCAAAAGGACGAGAGUGCGAGGAUUCAAAAGUUUAUUUCUCUGAUGAAUGUCCGUUUUGAUAUGAAUUUAAAGACCAAGAGUGGAACAAUUUGA